AUGGGCUGCAUGCAAAGCAAGAGCACCGGGCUGGUUCUGAGCGAGCAAGACCUGAAGGACUGCGAUGUGCCAGAUUCUGAGUGCAUUCGAGAGAGCGCCAACGCGGUCAAGGCCGUCCAAACCGCGCGAAUCCUACACGCAUCGAGGUGUUGUCCUGGAAGUUCGUUUAAGCCGAAGGUUGGACACGUCUACCUCCUCAAGCACAUCAAGUGCCCGCAGCUGCAGACGCUUGAAAUCGGAAUGGCUUCGCUGCCCUCGGACAAGAACACCUUGCUCCCGCAGCUGGCAACAAACAUGCUUCUGCAGCGGCCGGACAUGGCUCCGAUCGUCAUGGCGAUUCGGGUCAUGCUAGCCCAUGCGUACUACGGUUGGCCUUCGAUGGCGGUUCCAUGCAUGAUGAGUCUGCCCAAGUCCUUGCACACCCCUCUACCACCAAUGGACCAAGCUGUGCACCAGUCCGGCGGGCUACGAUCGGUGUUCUUGGCUUCCUGGUCUCUGGACCCCCGAGCUAUCACCGAUGAAGCUGCGGCUGCCGGUCGAUCAACGGCAGAUCGCAUCAAAGACCUCCAAUUUACACGCGGGCAACCACGGUACGGAGCUAUUGAUGUCGGUCACGUCGCGGCUACCGAAAAAGGCUCGGGACAACCCGACCACGCCUGCGUACUGGCGCUCGUGCGCGCUCUGCAGUACAACACAUUUUUUACUCACCUCGACCUCUCCACUACCAACACCUCCGCUGCGAGGUGCUGGAGCGAGGAUCCCUUCGGCCCGUCCGAUGUGGCAUCAGGCCCCCUCGCAACGGCAGUUCAGGGGCUGCUGCGAUGGAACGUGACCCUACAGUCGUUCCUUGCACCUAAUCUGCCAUGUGGACCAGGUGGAUCAAGUCUUCUGAACUGGGCUGCGAUGGGCUCUGCUCUUCUCGUCAACCCACGCCCGAUGGCCACCACGUGGGACUUCAGCAAGGUGAUGAUACACGCUGCUCCGAGCCAUGUGGCCUUCACUGAUCACAGCCUCAUCCGCCCCGUCCCCGCGCAGAUCGCUACAUGGGACUUGACUGACUGCGGCAUCGGAGACGCUGGUUUGACGUCUCUGCUGCCAGCGUGGUGGCGCAUUUUCUCGUACAUUGCCCCUGUCAGGGAGCUCCGUCUUUCCGGGAACCACCUUGGUCAGGCGGGACUUGCCCCGUUCUUCAAUAUGCUGAAUGGUACUGGUUUCGCAUUCUCCCCCCCCGAUGGGCUCUCUGUCCCUCCCGGGCCUCUCCCUGCACCCAACACGUCCUUCGUGACAUGCCUCGAGCUCGGCGGCUGUGACCUGCGUGGGGCAGUCCCUUCCCUGGGAAUGCUACUCUUAAGGUGUCCGUUCCUACGCAGACUGGGCCUGUCAAACCCACUUCCAGGGCAAGGCGUUGCUUUCGGGCUGCAGGAGGCUGAGGGAGUGUUUGGUGCCCUCGUGAACAGCCUGUGCCCGCUUGAGGAGCUCGACAUGAGAGGGCAGUGGGGGCUUGGGGCUCACGGGACGAUGAAUUCGGCCUCCUGCCUGGCCGGUCUCGUCGCCCGCAAGCCCACCCUGACUCGUCUACUCGUCGGAGAGGUGGAUUUCAACAGCUCGAAGACCACCGAGCUGGAUGUUCCCGCUGUGGCGGCCUCGGUUUCAUCCUGGGGCGCGGACGUCGCCGCUGACCGAUCUUCUCAUACCGGAUUGCUUCUCUUCUGCACCACGCCACACUCAACCCUCCGCCGCUUGGAUAUAAGCUUCAGCUUCUUCAUGUUGGAGCCUGCGAUGAAGCAGUCACUCGCGGUCGCGCUGGGACAUCUCGUCGCUACGUCCCCGCUGGAAGCACUCGUGAUGCCGGGGGACUUUCGCAGCAACGGCGUAAACUGCCUUCCAGGCGACAUGAUGGCUGCCUUUUUCCGGGCGCUGGGAUUGAGCAAAACGCUCCUCGAACUCGACGUGACGGGACACCAAUUCGGAGAUGUCGGUUGCGUGCCCCUGGGAAACGCCCUCCGCCAGAAUCGCUCCAUCACCACUCUGAGCUACGAUCACAACUGGGUGACGCUGGAGGGCUUCAAGGCCAUCAGAGGGUGCCUGUACGGGAACAAGAAGCUGGUCAAGGUUUCGGCACCGGCCGCUGACCUCGCGAUGCGCACGUCAUACCUUCAAAAUGAAGUUCUCGAGGGCCAGAGGCGCAUGUGGGAAAUCAAGGCCAGGAUCAAGGCUGCGUACAAGUACAACAAGCCGGAGUUCCACCGACAAAUCGCGCUCAUUAGCGCCAACAACAAGGCGUGGAAAGCACUCGAGCGCGAGAAGAACAAGACAAUCGAGGUCGCAGGAAUCAUAGCCGACUGCAUCGAAAGCAACCGUCAGCUCAAAGAUGCCAAGGACGCCGGGAAAUGGGCGGCGAAAAAGGAACGACAGCAGGGUGCGUUCGAGGAACGCUACGCCACCAAGAUGGGCAAGAUUUUGACCAAGUUGUCGAAGGAGACGGACAAGGCUAGGCUUCAGGCGGCUUCUACCAAGACGUCCCCUUUCAAGGCGAAGCCAAGGACAUAUUUCUACUCCAGCAACGCGCAGAAGCAGCAAGAAUGGAGGCAGAGAAACAGCCACCACCACCACCACCACCACCACCACGGCUACGGUGGAGGGAUGUACUUCGUCGCGCUGCCAUCGGGGCAUCACUCGCCGUACCAUCACGAUGAUGGCUGCAGGGACAACCUCGUAGGAGGAGGAGGAGGAGAAGGUGGAGGUGGAAACACGGCGGAUCACCGCGACCUGCCCGCUAACGGGGAGGGAUCAGCUUCUAUCUCCCCUGAAGAGGAGCUGGUGGACCUGAAGGACGACUACGUUGCUAGCCCGGGCGGUGACGACGGAGAGUCAUCCAACCCCCUGGAUCGAGUCCGGGAUCUCAUCACGAACGAGGGGCCGAGCGUGUUCGACCCCUCGAACCUGGGUCGCAUCGACGACCUCUUCAGGGAGGCGGGCUCUGACGUGUACGAGCGGAUGGGACCCAUCCUCGGCGAGGCAGGCGACUUCGGCUCAAAAGUGGCGGACACGGCUGCGUCGUGGGGAACUGAUCUAGGGAGUGUUUUCGGAAGCAUCGGCGAAUCCGCUGGAGACGCCUUCGGCGGAUUAGGAGACCUCUUCUCCGACGUCGGGGGUGCAUUGGGCAGUGGCCUAGGUGAUGUAGGGGACUGGGCGGGGGACGCCCUGGGGGACGGCCUAGACGCAGCGAGAGGCCUCGCCGAAGACAUCGGAGAGGGCAUCGGAGAUGGUCUUGAUGCAGCGGGAGAUCUCGCCGGAGAAGGCCUAGACGUGGCGGGCGACCUCGCCGAAGACAUAGGGGAGGGCAUCGGAGAGGGCCUGGACGCAGCCGGAGAUCUCGCUGCAGACGGGCUUGACGCGGCGGGCGACCUAGCCGAAGACAUCGGGGAGGGCAUGGGCGAUGGCCUGGAAGCAGCCGGAGACCUUGCCGGGGGCGCCGUGGAUGCGAUCACGGAUGCCGUUGAUGGUGUAGCGGACGACGUGGACAUGUACGCGGGCGCAGGGCCGAGGGAUCUUGACGACGAAGGGCCGACCGGGGGUGGACACUUUGCCAAGGUUUUGGCCGGUCCUCGUCGUCUGGUGAGGCCAUUCUCCGUACAACGAGGCAUCGAUAGCGAGAGCCCGCAAUUGAUGGGGGUCGGAGAAUGGACCGCAUCUCGACUCAAAGCUCGGGAAGACAGCAGGAAGAACAGCAAGCAACCAGCCAGGUGGGAAGAGCGAAUGUUUGCGAGGGCGAAGGAGCUUGAUCGGCCCGGUGCCUUCCCGUACAAGAUGCGGCUACACGCAUUCCAUGCUGGCCUGGCGGUUCCUUCCCCGGAGAGCCGAGUGACUCUGGUUACCCAGUGUUCGACGGACCGUCUGCCUGCGGUGCUGGAGCAGGCUCUGAGGUGGGGCGGCGACACCAGCCUCGCUGUUCAUGUCCCUUCGGCCCCCCUAUCGGCUAAGGAUGAGACCAUGAGCGAAAUUCGACGACUGUGCCAGCGGGUCGACCAAGAAGUUCGAGCAGCACCCAAUCGUCGGAAGCAGCUCUCUGUGGACGUGGCUAUCCUCGAGGGAGCGGAGGCGGACCCUGCUAGGCACGACCACUGCGGUCCGCUGUACCCCGUCAACACCCUGAGAAACUUGGCUCUGAUACAGGCCCGGGACGACAGCCUUCAUCCCGCUCAAGCGGUGUUCCUGGUAGACUGCGACUGCCUGCCGUCAGAGCACCUGCUCGAGGAGCUCCAUUCGCAGGAAGUCCAGGACAGACUCAACGCCGAGAGUAGUGCGAGGCCGGCGGCCGUCGUCAUCCCUUGUCUGGAGUUCACCCCGGGCUCAGUGUCUGCCAGGCAUGACAAGAGCAUCCCAUCGAGCGUACAGAAGGUGGUCGAGAUGCUGGCGGAAGGGACCGCUCAAGGGUUUCACGUGGACUAUUUCUUCAAGGGCCACGGCCCGACGGACUUCCUGCGCAAGACCGACCUUCCAAUGUACGACGAGCGCUUCCGCGGCUACGGCAUGAACAAGGCAAGAGCUAUGGCUUCAAGCCGGAAGCGUCCCCAUGUGGAUAUACGUUGUAGUUGCCCACCUCCUAACCCUGGCCUCUGGUAG